AUGCUGUUGAGUGAAUUUGAUAUUGUGUAUGUGACUCAGAAGGCGAUAAAGGAACAGGCCUUGGUUGAUCAUCUUAUAGAAAAUCCUGUUGAUGAAGAGUACAAACCGCUCAAGAAGUAUUUCCACGAUGAAAAAGUAUCGUUUGUGGGUGAAGAUAUUUCUGAAAUAUAUCUAGGCUGGCGAUUAUUCUUUGAUGGAGCCACAAAUCACCAAGAAUCCAUCAUUACUGAUAAUGGUACAAAUCGCAACAGUCAAUUGAUGAGAGAUAUAUGUGAGAAAUUUAAGAUUACUCACCGAAACUCAACUGCUUAUCAUCCUCAAAUGAAUGGAGUUGUAAAGGCCGCCAAUAAGAACAUCAAGAAGAUUCCGAGGAAAAUGAUCGACAAUCAUCGAGGUUGGCAUGAGAUGUUGCCAUACGCUUUAUUGGGUUUCAGAACUACCGUCAUAACAUCGAUUGGAGCUACUCCAUAUUUGCUAGUAUAUGGAACAGAAACAGUCAUGCCUGCUGAAGUCGAGAUACCAUCCUUGAGAAUUAUCCAAGAAGAUGGAGUUAAUAUAUGUUGA